AUAUUUUGCAUCCAGCUGUUAUUGGUGGAACAGAUGAUGAGAAGUUGCAGUUAAGUCAGUGUAUGAAAGACAUUGUCAGCUUGUUGGAUGGAAGUCUGACACAGAAAUUAUCACUGAAAGAAUUAAGACCCACCCUAACUGUAAUGCUGGAUAAGGGAAUAAUCACACAGAAAGCAUACCAACAACUAAUUCUAAUUGAGAACCCAGUUGAAUGCAGCUUAAAGAUGUUAAAAAGCAUAAAGAGAGGAAAAGCUGAUUGGCCACUUGUGGUUUUUCCUGGUUUGAGGAGUCAGAAUCCAGACUUGAUGCAACCCCAGGAAUUUCAUAGAGGGGAGCUGAAUGAAACAAGCGGGGAUAGACUAAUCUAUGUGUCAAAAGAACAGCUAAAUACAACAGAAAUGAAGAUACUGAUGCAGACAAAUAAUUUAGAUGUUACAAGAAUCACAUCUGAUCCCCAUUUUGAGAAACAAAGUAGAUAUUCCUUUUCUGUGUCCGGAUACUCUGAUGAGGAGAUUGAUGAAGAAAUCCCUUCAGAUACGGCAGAUUCUGAAGAAAUACCAGAUUUGAAGCUGCGAGAGUAUCAGAAAGAGCUAGCAGAAAAUGCUGUGAAGGGGAGGAAUACAAUAAUUUGUGCCCCCACUGGCUCUGGCAAAACCAGAGUGGCUACUUACAUCAUUCUCAACCACUUGCAAAAAAGAGCAGAAAAUGAGGAGAGGAAGAUUGCAUUUCUUGCUAGAACCGUACCACUUGUAAUGCAGCAGUACAAAGGUCUGAAAAAAUAUCUUCCUAAGAAAUUUGAGGUGACGCAUUUGACCGGGGAUAGUGAAGACAGCAUGCAUCUUCACUUUCUGCUUAAAGACAUUGAUGUGAUUGUGAUGACACCUCGCAUCCUGGAGAAUCAUCUAAAAAAGAACUGCCUGCCUCACCUGGGCAUUUUUUCUAUGCUGGUAUUUGAUGAGUGCCACCACACUCGUAAAGGAGAACCUUACAAUACUCUUAUGUACUCCUAUCUCAAGACAAAAAAGCUGAUCAGUGAAGCAAAAGAAAAUGGUGAAGUAACAGACAUCAAGUUGCCGCAGAUAGUAGGGCUAACAGCAUCCAUCAGUGUUGAGAAGGCUGUCCAAGAAGACGAGGCAGUAAAUUGUAUUCUUGAAGUUUGUGGUAACUUGGAUGCAGAAAGUAUUUCCUGUGUUGUCAAGAAUGAAGAAGAGCUUAAAAUGACUGUUCCUGUACCUACAGAAAAAUUGAUUAAACUACGAGAAAUAGAACAGGAUGAAGCAGUUAAAAAGAUCAUCAAGCUAAUGAACAAACUUGAAGAAGCAGUUCAUCAUCAUGUUAAAGAAAUAAAUAAUGAUGAGCUGAAGACUCUUCUGAAAAAGAUUCCUUCAAACAAAAAAAGUCAACUGUAUGGUCAGUGGACAGUCAAGAUUCGCAAUAUGGCCAGAGCAUUUCCAAGACAAGAAAAUCGAGAGACUAUUUCCCCAGUUAGGGCCUUGAUCAUAAUCGCUGACUAUCUUUCGGCAUACAAUAAUGCUUUAGAGUUGCAUGACUUAGUUUUGCUGGAACAUGUCUUGUCAUAUUUGGACAAAUGUUUCUCUGAAUUCAGUCAGAAUGAAAACCGGAGCAGUAACGAAAAUUUCUACUUUGAAGACUUUGCAGAACUAAAAAAUCUUAUGAAAACUCGAAAAGGUACUGAAAACCCAAACCUCACUCGUCUGAAAGAAACCUUGUUGAAAUACCUCAUUGAAUCAGGAGACAGAUGUAUAAUAUUUGUACGUACUAGGGCUCUAACAGAAGCUCUGGCUUCAUGGCUGAAUUCAUGUAGUGACGCAAAACUUAGGGAUCUGAAAGCUACUGUGUUCACUGGAACUGCAGCUUCAGUUGAUCAAGGAGGAAUGACCACAGCUGAGCAGGAUGAAGUUAUCCAGCGCUUUCAAUCAGGAGAUGUGAGACUGCUAGUGUCAACAUCAGUUGGUGAGGAAGGCAUUGACAUUCCUGAGUGCAACCUUGUCAUCAAAUACAACCAUGUAGGAAAUGAGGUCACUACAGUGCAGACUCGAGGGAGAAGCAGAAAAAAAGGUGGAAUGUCCAUUCUGUUGGCCAUGGAUUCAAUUAUCAGGAAAGAGAGAAUCAAUCAAGAAAAAGCAAAAAUGAUGGAAAAGGCAAUAAAAAGAAUAAGCCAAAUGAAACGGGCAAGCAUUCGUAAGAAGAACAAAAUCCACCAGCUGCAGAUAAUGAGAGAUGAAGAGAUACAACAGAUUGUAAAGGCACAAGAAGAGAGAAAGCUGCAGAAAAAGGAUUUCAAAAUGGUUUGUCAUCGAUGCAGGAGACUUGUCAUUGAAAGUAAGGACAUUAAAACCAUCUUUCAGACACAUCAUGUUGUAGUCGACAAAGAGAUCCUUAAGCAGACAAAGACCAUUCCUUACAGUGGACCAAAAUAUAUUGAUGAAAUGAAGUUGAUUGGUUCCGUAAGGUGCAUGGGUGAGCCAGAAGAAGGGAAGCACUGUUACAGCAAACUUGGUAGUAUGAUGGUUUAUUCAAAAAUCCCAUUUUUUGUUAUUGGAAUCAAGUACUUUGGCUUUGAUUCCAAUGGACCUCUUGAGUUCUACAACCAGUGGAAGAAGGUGCCUUAUGCUAUUGAUGAAAUUGGGCCAUCUGAUUUUGAAAGAUAUCUGCCUGAUAAAAUUACAAAAGCCAUCUCUGAUGAGAGUGAAGAUGACAGUGAUGAUGACAGUGAUGAUGAUGAUGAUGAUAACAAUCAACCUCCUAACAGUGUUGAAACCAGUUCAUCUACAGACACAAAAGUACCAUCAGAACAGGCAGUUCCAGACAAUCCUGGCAGUGUCACAGAGCAGAAAAUGAUGCCAUCUUCACAAGACAGCAAUAACUCAGUUAGUGGUAACAGAACAGAACCGAAAAGGUUACAGACUCAUUGGGAUAGAGACAGCGGUUUUCCUAAAUCAGGAAGCACAAGAGAUGGCUCAAAGUUUCCUCCAGGUCUCACUGAUAGUAUCACUGCGGUAAAAGAAGCAGUUGGGAAUCAUAAUUUAGUAACUGAUUUGGUUACAAAAAGUGGAAAUGUACCUUCUGCCCAGCCUUCAAUGAUAUCAUCAUUCAAAUCUAAUGAUGAACAUCAUCUUACACCAGUAAUGCCUAUGAGUCAUGUACAACGCAGUGCAGUUCGCAUAGAGGAAGUAAAGUUUCUGAAACAGAUACAUGAAGUUUUGGUUGCUCCAUCAAUUAGAUCAGUCAUUAGUGACUUCAUUCCACAGCCUCCUAGUUUACCACUUGGUGACCCAUCAGCUAGCAUAAAUAGUGAUGACAGUGAGUACUCUGCAGAUCAGUCGUGUAUAACAAAUGAAAGCGAUAUUGCACAUGUACCUCAAAUUUCAUCCAGUGGAAUUCCAGCAAACACACCAGAAGUAAGUGGUGAUAGUAAGGCAUCACAUCAGUCAACUGCAAGCCCAGGAAGUGUUAGUGAGGCCCUGAUUACAAAUGAUAGAGAGGGGAGUGUAGGGGCAGCACUAGUUAGUGCUCCACCCAACAGUAAUGCUGCAGACACACCAGUAGUAAAUAUGGACAUCUCUGGUGACAUUGAAGAGACCACAGUUUUGAAGGUAGCAGAGGUCGAGGGUGAUGCAAAUGACAGUGUGCAGCAAGAACAACUAAGACCAAACAUUGAUGACAGUGAUAAUCUACAGAGUCACACAAGACAGCCCACAAGUGUUCUUGCCCUUUUAUAG